GUACCCCAGACAGCAAGACGAGACCUUUCUUCCUGCUAAUUUGUGAGUCCUGUCCUCUAAAUCUUUCCAUUUCCCAUCAGUACAUCCCCUUCCCUCCCUUUUAGCCACAUCUGCAUCUCGCAUUCCUUUAUGCAACCUCGGAGCGCCUUCCUGCUUCUGCCUUUUCUCUCUCCCCUUUCUAGGCUCACUAGAGGUCUGGAGGGGUGUUAAGUGUCAGGAACAGUAGGCAAGAAGGUGACAGGUAAAGAAGCUCCUCAGGUAAGGAUUGAGAUGGAGAGAUGUGGUCUCAUGCUGUGAGCUUGCUCCCUCCUACAUUGCAAGUCCUGCUGAUUAAAAGAGCAUAGCUGAAUUGUGCCAACGUGGGAUGAGGGAGAGCUAAGGCUGGGGAUUUGCACCCUUUCUUUCAGGUUAAGUGAAUUUUUCCAGGAUGUGAGAGUCUGCUUCUGGAUUAUUAAUUUUCUGUGAACAGUGGUGUGGAAGCUGCUGGGAUAUUUACUGCUUUUCACAUAUGGACUAGAGAACUUGCACAAAGACAACUCGAAAGGCAAUUUGCCAUUCCACAACAGUAGCCAACAAGGGUUUUCCCGUGAUAAAAGUCGUUUGCUCUGUUCCACAAGGCAUUUUUUUCAGUGAUUCUUCCAAUUAAAGGAAUGUUUGUCCAGGAGGAUGACGAAUUGUAUCACAACAGGAUUUAGGUAAUAUAGCCGAGAUCAACCUACUGUUGCACUGAGCCCUGUGGUUACCUACGGUGAGACACUGCCCUCUCUCACAGAAAUGAGACUCGAUUCUACGCAUAUUUAAGUGCUGACAGCCCCCGAAGCAUUUAUUUGGACGUCACUGUUUAGGUGAGCAGCAGAGCCACGGGAGAAUCUCAGGCUGUAAAGUGGAGGGAUAAAGGUGGCGCAGAGUCAGUGGCAGAGCAAGGAGGAGACUCCGAUUCCCGGGGGCUGCUGGAAAGGCAAAGUGACCCCGACUUUGUAGCCAGGGAAACACCGGCUUUCAUUUGGAACAUUUAAACCAAAUUUGUGAAGAUGAUGAGUUAUUGAUAACCCGCAGGACUGCGGACAUGCAAUAAGAGGAGUGGGGAGGUUACGGUCUCAGCCCCCGCUCCCUUCUCAAGUUGCAGCUGUCUCCGAAAGAUGCUGCGAACUCCGGCCCGGCUGCGAGCCAGGAAACAUCUCCCGCGUCUUCCCUCGGCUGAGCAGCGAGCAGUCGGAUGCUGAAAUAAGGUCCCCGAAGUGAAGGAAACAUUCUGAGAUGCAGAAAGGCUUAUUUGCUGCUGCAAAUGGGAAUCUGGAAUAACUAUGAAAAACACACUGAAAUAAUUGUGUUUGACUGGAACAAAAUUCUUGCAAAGUCCCCAAGGAUGAGAUUCUGUGCCAAAUCAAUGCUUCUGUCUGACUGGCUCUUUCUGCUCUAUGUGUUAAUGGUCUGCUGUAAAUUGUUGUCCGCCUCUAGUCACCAUCCCCGGGGGCACACAGGCCAGCACCAAGUGAAGCAAGGCACGUGUGAGGUGGUGGCCGUGCACCGGUGCUGCAACAAGAACCGCAUCGAGGAGCGCUCGCAGACCGUGAAGUGCUCCUGCUUCCCGGGCCAGGUGGCCGGCACCACGCGGGCCCAGCCCUCCUGCGUGGAAGCUUCCAUUGUCCUGCAGAAGUGGUGGUGUCACAUGAACCCCUGUUUGGAUGGAGAGGACUGUAAAGUACUACCAGACUAUUCAGGUAACACGGUAGCAAAGGCUGAACCUGAGGGGCGCUCCCAGAACUAUGGCACGUGGAACUGUUCCUUGGCUCUUACACAGAGACCCUUUUUUGUCACGCUGUUAUUGACUUCACCCUUUGAACUUGCAAAGGAGUUGGGAAAAGGACAGGACUUCUCCUUUCAACUGUGGCUGCAGUUUCUGAACCUGGAUUUUGCUACUCAGUGGUACAUCACAAUCUCACAAGAAAAAACAGGGAGAUUUGGUUCUACCUGAAAUGCACCUUGGAUUCCCAAGGACCUGAGACCUGGCUGAAAAUUGUGGAAGAACACUCCUGAGCUUCUUGUGGUGCACCAAGGAUAAGACUUUCCUAAUGACACAAAGAUAUGUAAAAUUGUUUUAAAUGAGUUUAGGUCAUGAAUGUAACUUAAGGGAUCAUAGAAAGAAAAUGCUGACAUUAGAACUGGUACAGAUGAUCUCAAGGUAUUUUCAACCUAUGUGAUUCUAUGGAUUUGUCUGAGGUGUUUCUUGCAUACAGUACAGCAUAAAAAUACAAAGCUGAUCCCAGUGAAUUGAUGGGACUGUGUUAGAAAAUUAUGUCUUAGUGUAUUUUCAACUGUAAUUUAGUACCUAUCAAGGUGGUCUGAAGGUGAAAAGAUGGAACUUAUAGAAUUAGUAGCAAUUAUUGUAGGGCAAACUUUGGUUGUAGCUGUGCAAUUAGAUUUAUUUCCUUAGAUGUAGGUCUAGGUAGUUUAACCUUUACAUUGAUAAGUGGUGGCAGGAAAGCAUGAGGAAGAGAUAAAAUUUGAAAGCAGGCAUAGUUUUUCUUGUCCUAAAAUAAAUCCAUUCUCUAGGGGAAUAGCAAAGUAUACAUAUUCCUUGCCUCUUUGAAUCUAGAUAUGGAAAAGAAUUUAGCCAUUAGCUAGAAAUAUUCAUGGAGAUGCCUCAAAAAAAAGGAGAGCAGGCUUGUACUGCAUAAGGAAGUCUCACUGGAAGGGGAGUAAUUUGUUUGGAUUUUCAUUGCUUUGGUUAUAUCCUAAUAGGUAACAUACUUAAAAUUCAUAAGCAAAAUUCUAGAUAAAAGUGAAUCUUCAGUUUCAAUUAGUUCUUGUUUAGAAUGAUUAUAAUAAUUAAAUGUCCAGUUCCUUGACAGACUGAAUUUCCAAGUGGUUACAUUUUGAGACACAUAAUUGUUCCCUAUUAUUGUAGAUGCAUUUCAUGCUCUUUUCCUUAUUUGCCUGUUAGAGUUUUUUUGUCAUCAGUCUUCAUAAAUAGAAUAGAGGGCAGAGGUGAAGCUGCAGCCAGUCUGCUCCCCCUGACAUUGCAGCAGUCUGGAGUGCAGUGGUGCAGAUGAACUGCUGGUGACCCAGAGACAGAAGUCAUUGUUAUGCUUUAUGUAAAUAUUGGGGUAACAAUGCACAUCCAAUUUUUAUAUAGACUGAAAGGUGGAAAAAAAAAAAAGCUGUCUAGUACUAAUGUAAGUCAUUGUGCAUAAGCUCUCUAGUGUAUGGGAAAGAUCCCAUCAGCAGUGGGAAGCUGUUCAGGCUCAUAAUUAUCAACUUCUGAUUUGCUGGAGUGAGUGGGAGCAUUCAGCCAGUUAAUUCCACCAGAGUCAGGGGUGGAAGGAUCUGGCCCUGUGUUUUUUUGGUUUUGAUUUCCUUGGUUUAGGUCACUUUCAAUUGUGUGUAUGAUUACAGCUGGGAUCAUAGUGGUCAUUGUACUCAGUGACAAACAAACAAGAGAUUUUCUGCUCUGUGCUUGGACAGCUGAACAGUUAAUAGACUCUGCUUGCCCCAAUGAGCUCUACAUUCCCAAUAUUUUUCCAUUGUUUUGUUUUUCUGAUUAAAUUUUAAAAUUACCUUUACUAUUUCUAUUGUUUGUCUGCAUAUAUAUUCAUGGUGUCAUCAGGGAAGAUCUAUUUCAUUUGCUAUUUGUACAGUAUUGACCUGUAACUGGAAUUUAUUUAUCUCUUUUGGAAAGUGUUCUAUGGCGAUGUUUAGUUAAAACCAUUGCUGAGAUGUUCUAGGUGGG